AUGGAAGCGAAGAUCGACGCGUUGGAGACGGAGCUCGCGGAGGUUCGAUCCUCACUGGCGGCGGUUACGACGGCGGUCAAGGAUUUGCCGACGUCGCUUGUCGCGAUGAUGGAAAAAUCACUGGGAAAAUCCUUUCGUGCUGAAGAGUCCAGUGUGAAUCGCGGUCCCGGGGGAGUAUCGGGAGUGAAGAACGGAACAUCGGCGCAGACGCCAGAUCUGACGCUGGGAGCGGAGACGGAACGACGAUCACCUCAAUUGCACAGCGACGCGUGGACUGAGUUUCGACACUCAGUAAAGAAGGUGGAGUUACCUCUCUUUGAUGGUAAGGAUCCUGCUGGUUGGAUCUCGAGAGCAGAGGUAUAUUUCAGGGUUCAAGAAAUCUCACCGGAGGUGAAGGUUAGUCUAGCUCAGUUGAGCAUGGAUGGUCCCACCAUUCAUUUCUACAACUCGCUAUUGGAAGCGGAGGAAACACUCACAUGGGAACGACUGAGAGAGGCGUUACUGGAGCGCUACGGUGGACACGGCGACGGUGAUGUGUAUGAACAGCUAACGGAGCUCCGUCAGCGAGGCACCGUGGAAGAGUACAUCACGGAGUUUGAGUACCUCACUGCUCAAAUUCCUAAGCUGCCCGACAAGCAAUUCCAAGGUUACUUCCUCCAUGGCUUGAAGGAGGAGAUCCGGGGGAAGGUGCGGAGCUUGGCGGCGAUGGGUGGAGUGAACCGAUCAAAGCUGCUGGUGUUGACAAGAGCAGUGGAGAAGGAGGUUAAGGGCGAGAACGGGUCGGGUUACUCCCGGAGCACCCGAUUUGGGGGAAACCCAAGCUACAAGGGUGGAUCAGGGGUACCGAGUCGGGUUGGUGGAACGGAUUGGGUAUGGGUCAAAGGCACUAAGGAGGGAGGGCCCUCAAACAAGCCCAAUUACAAUGGCCCAAAAAUGGAAACAAAAAACCCAGGCGAGCAAAAACGGAUUGGGCCGAGAGAUAGAGGCUUCUCCCACUUAACUUAUCCACAACUUCUGGAGAGAAGGCAAAAGGGCCAAUGUUUCAAAUGUGGAGGCCCCUAUCACCCUCUUCACCAAUGUCCAGAUAAACAACUCAGAGUUUUAAUCGUGGAAGAAGGGGAUGAGGAUUCAGAGGAAGGAAAGGUGUUAGCCAUGGAAGUUGAGGAUCCAGAGGAUGAAAUUCAAGGAGAGAUGAGCAUGAUAAGCUUCUACCACAUCGCAAACAAGCCUCAGGAACAGCCACGCACCAUGAAGCUUCAAGGAACCAUCCAAGGCGUACCGGUAUUGGUGUUGAUCGACAGCGGGGCAACCCACAACUUCAUCGAUCAGAAGCUUGUCCAGCGUAUGGGUUGGGAGGUGGCAGAUACCCCACGAAUGACCAUCAAGCUAGGUGAUGGGUUUCAGUCUCAUGCCAGAGGUCGAUGCAAAAGCAUCGAUUUGGAGGUGGGGCGCUAUCAGCUCCACUGCUCACCUCACCUAUUCGAAUUAGGGGGACCUGAUAUGGUCUUGGGCAUCGAGUGGUUGAAGACACUUGGGGAUACGAUUGUAAACUGGCAAACACAGAAAAUGCGAUUUUGGGAUGAGCAACAGUGGGUUACGUUGCAAGGUCUCAAUGCCGGGGAAGACACCAUGGUCGCUCUACAGCAGACUUUACGCAAGGCCAAGGCUGAAGCUACUGGGGUCCUCUGCCUCUUUGGGCCUGCCCGACAAGAGAGGACUGAAGGCAAUCACCUCACCGACACACAACAAGGAAGCCUUAGUAGCCUGAUGGAGAAGUACGACAAGGUCUUUGAAACCAAGGCAGGAUUACCACCCAGCAGGGGAAGGGAGAACUGCAUAAAUAUCAAAGAAGGACAGGGACCGGUUAACGUGAGGCCCUACCGUUAUCCUCACUUGCACAAAAACGAAAUUGAAAAACAGGUAAGGGAGAUGCUGCAAGCAGGAAUCAUCAGGCAGAGAACUAGUGCGUUUUCAAGUCCAGUAAUUUUGGUAAAAAAGAAGGACAGUACGUGGCGAAUGUGCGUAGACUACCGCGCUCUCAAUCGGGUCACGAUACCAGAUAAAUUUCCGAUACCCGUCAUUGAAGAACUCUUGGAUGAGUUACAUGGGGCACGGUUCUUCUCCAAAUUGGACCUGAAAUCUGGUUAUCACCAAGUGAGGGUGCGAGAUGAAGACAUUCACAAAACCUCCUUUAGGACCCAUGAGGGGCAUUACGAGUUCUUGGUAAUGCCCUUUGGUCUUAUGAACGCCCCUUCCACAUUCCAGAGUUUGAUGAAUGAGAUAUUUAGGCCAAUGUUGCGGAAAAGAGUUUUGGUAUUCUUUGAUGACAUCCUGGUCUAUAGUAGGGACUGGGAAUCACAUCUCGCUCAUUUGGAGAUGGUGUUGCAGGUUUUACAGAAACAACGGCUGACGGCGAACAAGAAAAAGUGUAGCUUUGCCAGAAAACAGUGGAGUACUUGGGCCACAUGA